AUGAACAAAUAUUUUCACCAAGCAUUGUUCGUAGAAUGGAGCAUCUUUUUUGUACUCCCUGACGGUCAAGUCAACAAGACAACAAAAGCUCGUUCAAUUGACGAUUUUUGGUUAAAAUUUGCAUUUUUUAUUACUUCUCAAACAACAUGUGGACUAUUAUUGGGUCUGGUGUUUGUUUUAAAUCAUUCUGGAAUGAAAGUACUUAGCAAAGAAAAAGCUCAGGAUAUGGAUUUUUUUGUUGAGCAAAUUAUUACUGGAAGAGAUAUUAUUGCUAGAAAUCCUAAAUUUCAAUGGUGUGUAGAUUGGUUUUGUGGUGGUUUAAAUUAUCAAAUUGAACAUCAUGUGAGUAUACCACUUUUCUCCACAAUGCCGCGUCAUCAUUUUCAUAAAGUUCGACAAAUAAUUCAAAACCUUUGUGAAAAAUAUUCUAUAAAACUACAUUUUUAG